GUCACAUGCAACAUUUACAGGAAGCUGGCUAGAAGAUAGCAGGGGAACUUGAGAACUUGGUCGUUUUCUGCCGAUUAAAACAACACAGAUUUAUCAGCAAGACUGUUGAAAGUGUAACAGUCCAAGAUGCCUGUCCCUCCCCCUCCGGCUCCCCCACCGCCCCCUACAUUUGCACUGGCUAAUACAGAGAAGCCUACCUUGAAUAAGACAGAGCAGGCUGGGAGAAAUGCUCUUCUCUCUGAUAUCAGCAAAGGGAAGAAACUGAAGAAGACAGUCACCAAUGACAGAAGUGCACCAAUAUUGGACAAACCUAAAGGAGCUGGUGCUGGUGGUGGCGGCGGUGGCUUUGGUGGAGGAGGCGGAUUUGGCGGAGGAGGUGGCAGCUCCAGCGGCGGCAGUGGCGGUGGUGGUGGAAGUUUUGGAGGAGGCGGACCUCCGGGUUUGGGAGGACUGUUCCAGGCCGGAAUGCCAAAGCUGAGAUCCACGGCCAACAGGGAUAAUGAUUCCGGAGGAAGCCGACCACCAGUUUUGCCACCGGGAGGAAGAGCCAUGUCUGCCAAACCUUUUUCACCCCCAGGUGGCCCCGGGAGGUUUCCUGUGCCUUCUCCAGGCCACAGAAGUGGUCCCCCAGAGCCUCAGAGGAACCGAAUGCCUCCCCCGAGGCCCGACGUGGGCUCCAAGCCCGAUAGCAUCCCCCCUCCAGUGCCUAACACGCCAAGACCCAGCCAAUCAAGUCUGCACAACCGGGGGUCCCCACCAGUGCCUGGGGCCCCCAGGCAGCCCAGCCCUGGGCCUACUCCUCCCCCUUUCCCGGGAAACCGAGGUGCUGCUUUCGGAGGAGGCUCCAUCCGUCAGACGCCCUCGGGCUCCUCCUCGCCCUUCUCCAACCGGCCCCCCCUGCCCCCUACCCCCAGCAGGGCCGCGGAUGACAAGCCUCCUCCACCGCCGCCUCCGAUGGGCAACAGGCCCUCCAUCCACAGGGAAGCGGUUCCGCCUCCUCCCCCCCAGAACAACAAGCCUCCAGUGCCUUCCACCCCACGGCCUUCCUCCUCCUCGCAGGCCCCCCCUCCUCCGCCACCACCGAGCAGGCCCGGCCCGCCUCCCCUGCCUCCGGGUUCCGGUGGCGGUGACGAAAUCCCAAGGCUCCCACAGCGGAAUCUGUCCCUCACUUCGUCUGCACCGCCCGUACCUUCGCCGGGACGCUCCGGUCCUCUUCCUCCCCCGCCCAGUGAGAGGCCCCCUCCUCCGGUGAGGGACCCACCGGGCAGAUCAGGCCCCCUCCCACCGCCUCCUCCAAUAAGCAGAAAUGGCAGCACGUCUAGGGCCCUGCCUGCCACCCCGCAGUUGCCAUCCAGGAGUGGAGUGGAUAGUCCCAGGAGUGGACCCAGGCCUCCCCUUCCUCCCGACAGGCCUGGUGCUGGGGCACCUCCCCCACCUCCACCGGCAACAUCAAUUAGAAAUGGCUUCCAAGACUCUCCCUGUGAAGAUGAGUGGGAAAACAGAUUCUACUUCCAUCCGAUUUCUGAUUUGCCACCUCCAGAGCCAUAUGUACCAACGGCCAAAAGUUACCCCAGUAAAUUGGCAAGAAAUGAAAGCCGCAGUGGAUCCAACCGAAGAGAAAGGGGUGCCCCGCCACUUCCUCCCAUCCCGAGGUGAUCUCUGCCUGCUCUUCUCUGCACAAGCUCCAGAGCUGCUCCCAUCGUUGCUAUCCGAGAAUCGCACACCCUCCACCCCCUUUCUUCAUAUUGGCAGAAGGGAGGAGUGGGGGUGAGUGGGAAUAUGCGUGUGCAGGGGUGGGAAUCCAGUAGAGAAAUGCACCUAGCUUUUUAUAUUGUGUAUAUUCCGAGAGCAAUUGCUUGCUUCAGCUACAGCCUGCCUGUGCUGGCUGCUGGGGGAUUGAUAGGCUUUUGUGGCAAGGAGGCGGAGAUGAAUUGUAUCCCAGCUUUCAACCAACCAAAUUGGAACAUUCACUGCUUAUUUGCUGCAGACUGCAAUUAUUAAAAUUCCUGAGAGCUGU